AUGGCGACGGCCGGCGGCGGAGGCGAGGCCGUGCAGAAGGUGCUGCAGUCGGUGGCGCAGAGCACGGGGUGGACGUACAGCCUCCUCUGGCACCUCUGCCCGCGCCAAGGCGCGCUGGUAUGGGCGGAGGGCUACUACAACGGCGCCAUCAGGACGCGCAAGACGACGGUGCAUCAGCCGGGCGGGGAGGGCGCUGACGAGGAGGAGGAGACGACGGCGGGGGCGGGGGCCGGCCGGGCGGCGCUGCGCCGCAGCCGGCAGCUCAAGGAGCUCUACGACUCCCUGGCGGGGGAGGCGGCCGACGGUGGUCAAGGAGCGGGCGGAAGCAGGGACGGCGGCGGCGCGCAGCAGCAGGUGGUGCCGCAUCGCCGGCCCACUGCGGCGCUGGCGCCCGAGGACCUCACGGAGACGGAGUGGUUCUACCUCAUGUGCGCCUCCUACUGCUUCCCUCCUGCCGUCGGGUUGCCUGGGGAGGCAUUUGUAAGGAGAGUUCAUGUUUGGCUAUGUGGGGCAAAUAAAGUUGACAGCAAAGUGUUCUCAAGAGCAAUUCUCGCUAGGACAGUAGCAUGCAUUCCAGUCGACGAUGGUGUCCUGGAAAUUGGAACUACAGAGAAGGUAGAAGAAGACAUUUGUUUAAUUCAAUGUGCCAGGAGCAUCUUCAUGGAUCAAAUUGGCGCCCACAUAGUGCCUACCCUCUCAGGCCAUUCAACUUCCACCGCCCCAACCACACACAUCAAUCAUCAGCCAUUCCAGACAAAAAUGGGAAACUGCAUUGACAUAAAUGUGCAGAAAAAUAGUCACAAUUCAGGAGACGAGCACAAUAACGAAAUGGAAGAUGAUGACGACAGAAUUGAUUUAUUAGAGACCAAUACUGGAAAUGAUUCAAGCCGGCAUUCGCCACAGGACACUAAUAAUGGAGCAGGAGCUGAUGCUGAUUGGGACGUCGGAAAGGUGUCUGAGGGCGGUAUCUAUAGGAAAUACAAAGGGGUAGAAAUGGAAUUACAAGUCUACCUGCACAACUACUAUAUUCUAGCGGCAGAAGAUCAAGCAGUACUAGCAGAAAAUGCACACUACGUCGAAACGGUCCUGGCAAUCUUACGGUUCAAUGCGUGCCGGCAAACGCAAGCAGCCUCAAACACCAAAGCCUACCUGGCACUCUCCAAGAACUCGUCAUUCACAAGAUGGACCAGCUGGAACCACAAAGGAAGUAACAAUGAUCUUCAGAGCAUGUUGAUCCCUGAUGAAGGCACCCCACAGAGAAUGCUCAAGAGCAUCCUGCUCGGUGCCCCUUGCAGCAGUCACCGGAGUUACAGAGGAGAGGCUGUCCAGUCACCUGAGCCGAGGGACGACGGCGAAGGCACGAGCCAGUCUCGGAGAGGUCCGGUGCCUGUGCCGGUUCAGGCAGAGCUGAGUGCCAGCCAUGUUCUCAAGGAGCGGCGGCGGAGGGAGAAGCUCAACGAGAGGUUCCUCAUGCUUCGGUCCUUGGUGCCGUUCGUCACAAAGAUGGACAGGGCCUCGAUCCUGGGCGACACGAUCGAGUAUGUGAAGCAGCUGCGGAGACGCAUCCAGGAGCUCGAGUCACGAGCUCGGCUGGUUGAUAGCAACCCAAAGAUGAUGGCGCAGCCUCCUCCAGGCAGCCUCAACGGACACGAAGAGAGGGAGGGGCUCCUCCUCCGGGUCAUGCAGGCGCUGCACCAGGACCUCCGGCUGGAGGUCACCUCCGUCCAGGCCUCGUCAACCGGCGACGUGCUACUUGCAGAGUUGCGCGCAAAGGUGAAGGAGGUGCAUGGCAGGAGGAGCAGCAUCACUGAAGUGAAGAGAGCAAUUCAUCUAAUCGUUUCAUCAGACUGA